AUGUCAGGUUGGACGCCCAUCAACCCGCAUCCUCGCAUCAGCGAUAUCGACGUCGCCAACUUUGACUACGCCACGUAUCCAUGGCAGGACAUCAAAGUGGAUCUGCAUCCCAAUGGUGUCGCGGUGCUCUACCUGGACCGUCCGUCUCAGUACAACACGCUUACCGGUCCGAUGUCGUACUCGAUCGUCUUUGCGUUUGAGCUAUUUGACGCUGACGAUCGAGUCAAAGUGGCUAUCAUCACGGGUGGCGGUGGCAAAGUAUUCUGCGCUGGCGCGUACCUCGCACAGGGUUUCGGUGCUAUUGCCGAUCAUGCACAGGGACACCGCGACGGUGGUGGACAGAUGGGAUUGGCCAUCUUGCGCUGCAGAAAACCGUCGAUCGCCGCUAUCAACGGCAACGCGAUUGGAAUUGGUAUCACCAUGACGCUCAGCUGUGAUUUCAGGCUGAUCGCCGAAAACGCCAAGGUGGCCAUUCCAUUUGUACAACGAGGCAUCGCCAUGGAGGCGUGCUCUUCGUACCUGCUACCCAGACUCGUCGGUGUAUCCAAAGCCAUGGACAUGGUCCUCACCGGAGACGUGCGCUCUCCCAAGGACGAGAGUUACAUGGCGCUCUGGACGCGUUCACCGCUACCGCAAGACCAGGUGCUUCCCGAAUCGCUCAAGCUAGCCGAAAAGCUCGCCAAAAACAGUAGCGUCUCAAUGGCACUCUGCAAAGCGCAGCUAUGGCGACAGCUGAAUUCGCCCGAAGACGCGCACCUCCUGGAGAGUCAGGCAAUCUGGGAAACGUCCAGGCUGGAUGGCCUCGAGGGCGUCAAGAGCUUUCUUGACAAGAGAACGCCCGAGUUCCCGGGAACCAUGGGCGAUCUCCAAAGGUUUGCCUUUUGGCCGUGGUGGACGCAGGCCGAUGUGUCGCUCUACCCUCGAGGUCCAGAGUCACUUCGCGCCGCUGCAGCUAAGAGCAAGUUGUAA